AUGGCCCCUGCGAGGACGAUGGCCCGCGCCCGCCUCGCCCCGGCCGGCAUCCCUGCCGUCGCCUUGUGGCUUCUGUGCACGCUCGGCCUCCAGGGCACCCGGGCCGGGCCACCGCCCGCGCCCCCUGAGCUGCCCGCGGGAGCCGACUGCCUGAACCGCUUUACCGCCGGGGUGCCUGCCUUCGUGCUGGACACCAACGCCUCGGUCAGCAACGGAGCCACCUUCCUGGAGUCCCCCACCGUGCGCCGGGGCUGGGACUGCGUGCGCGCCUGCUGCACCACCCAGAACUGCAACUUGGCGCUAGUGGAGCUGCAGCCCGACCGCGGGGAGGACGCCAUCGCCGCCUGCUUCCUCAUCAACUGCCUCUACGAGCAGAACUUCGUGUGCAAGUUCGCGCCCAGGGAGGGCUUCAUCAACUACCUCACGAGGGAAGUGUACCGCUCCUACCGCCAGCUGCGGACCCAGGGCUUUGGAGGGUCUGGGAUCCCCAAGGCCUGGGCAGGCAUAGACUUGAAGGUACAACCCCAGGAACCCCUGGUGCUGAAGGAUGUGGAAAACGCAGAUUGGCACCUACUGCGGGGUGACACGGAUGUCAGGGUAGAGAGGAAAGACCCAAACCAGGUGGAACUGUGGGGACUCAAGGAAGGCACCUACCUGUUCCAGCUGACAGUGACUAGCUCAGACCACCCAGAGGACACGGCCAACGUCACAGUCACUGUGCUGUCCACCAGGCAGACAGAAGACUACUGCCUCGCAUCCAACAAGGUGGGCCGCUGCCGGGGCUCUUUCCCACGCUGGUACUAUGACCCCACGGAGCAGAUCUGCAAGAGUUUCGUUUAUGGAGGCUGCUUGGGCAACAAGAACAACUACCUUCGGGAAGAAGAGUGCAUUCUAGCCUGUCGGGGUGUGCAAGGUGGGCCUUUGAGAGGCAGCUCUGGGGCUCAGGCGACUUUCCCCCAGGGCCCCUCCAUGGAAAGGCGCCAUCCAGUGUGCUCUGGCACCUGUCAGGCCACCCAGUUCCGCUGCAGCAAUGGCUGCUGCAUCGACAGUUUCCUGGAGUGUGACGACACCCCCAACUGCCCCGACGCCUCCGACGAGGCUGCCUGUGAAAAAUACACGAGUGGCUUUGACGAGCUCCAGCGCAUCCAUUUCCCCAGUGACAAAGGGCACUGCGUGGACCUGCCAGACACAGGACUCUGCAAGGAGAGCAUCCCGCGCUGGUACUACAACCCCUUCAGCGAACACUGCGCCCGCUUUACCUAUGGUGGUUGUUAUGGCAACAAGAACAACUUUGAGGAAGAGCAGCAGUGCCUCGAGUCUUGUCGCGGCAUCUCCAAGAAGGAUGUGUUUGGCCUGAGGCGGGAAAUCCCCAUUCCCAGCACAGGCUCUGUGGAGAUGGCUGUCGCAGUGUUCCUGGUCAUCUGCAUUGUGGUGGUGGUAGCCAUCCUGGGUUACUGCUUCUUCAAGAACCAGAGAAAGGACUUCCACGGACACCACCACCACCCACCACCCACCCCUGCCAGCUCCACUGUCUCCACUACCGAGGACACGGAGCACCUGGUCUAUAACCACACCACCCGGCCCCUCUGAGCCUGGGUCUCACUGGCUCUCACCUGGCCCUGCUUCCUGCUUGCCAAGGCAGAGGCCUGGGCUGAGAAAAACUUUGGAACCAGACUCUUGCCUGUUUCCCAGGCCCACUGUGCCUCAGAGACCAGAGCUCCAGCCCCUCUUGGAGAAGUCUCAGCUAAGCUUACGUCCUGAGAAAGCUCAAAGGUUUGGAAGGAGCAGAAAACCCUUGGGCCAGAAGUACCAGACUAGAUGGACCUGCCUGCAUAGGAGUUUGGAGGAAGUUGGAGUUUUGUUUCCUCUGCUCAAAGCUGCCUGUCCCUACCCCAUGGUGCUAGGAAGAGGAGUGGGGUGGUGUCAGACCCUGGAGGCCCCAACCCUGUCCUCCCGAGCUCCUCUUCCACGCUGUGCGCCCAGGGCUGGGAGGAAGGACUUCCAUGUGUAGUUUGUGCUGUAAAGAGUUGCUUUUUAUUUAAUGCUGUGGCAUGGUUGAAGAGGAGGGGAAGAGGCCUAUCUGGCCUCUCUAUCCUCUCUUCCUCUUUCCCCAAGAUUGAGCUCUCUGCCCUUGACUAGCCCCACCCUGGCCUAGACGGGCAGACAGAGCCAAGAGAGGCUCAGCUGCAUCCCGCAGCCCCCACCCCCAAGGUUCUCCAACAUCACAGCCCAGCCCGCCCACUGGGUAAUAAAAGUGGUUUGUGGGGU